UCAAUACAUCUGCACAUCAGACACAAGAAGAACUCUGAUUUGAAAACUUUAAACAGUCAAACCUUCCUAAGAUGAAGACCUUCAGCGUUGCAGUUGCAGUGGCCGUUGUGCUCACCUUCAUUUGCAUUCAAGAAAGCUCUGCUGUCCCAGUCACUGAAGUGGAGAAAUUGCCGUUCAAUGCAAUACCUGGAAACGCCCCAUGGUUGAUACCGGAAGAAUACAAGCCGAAAAAAAAAGAAUCGGCGUGUCGCCUUUGCUGUGGCUGCUGCGAAAUGUCUGGCUGUGGAGUGUGCUGCAGAUUCUGAAGAUUCCUGCAACAUCAACCACCAAAUGAUGUUGUUCUGUCUUAAAACUGUGUAACACUUUACAUUGUAUUAAAGUUUGUACACUUUGUUUUGCUGCAGUUAAUGUGAGCUCAGUGAUGUGAUUUCAUCAUCCACAUAUUAUGUUAAAUAUCUGCAUAUACUGCAGUGUACUAUCACAAUAAAGUCUGUUACUAAUAUA